CUGAAUCCAAACUGGAAGCUGGUUCCACAGAAGAGGGGCCUGAAAACUGAAGGCUCUGCGGCCACGCGGUCAAACAUAAUCAACACAACUGGAAAUAAUGCUUGAUGUAGGAGAUUAGCAAGUUGCCAGUUUGCACUAUUUCUAAGCUUUAGGUCAAAGACUGCUGCCCCGAGGUCACAAAGAAACUCCAAACCAUUGUUGCAGCAGUUCUCUGGGCACUUAUUGGGCACUUAAUUUGAAGUAUGUAGCUUUCAUUAGCUACAUGCUUUCAUUUUAAUUGGCAAGAGGAAAUCAAGAAGAUCAUUAACUGAAUCUUCUGUCAAAUCUGUUAAAAUAAUACUCAGAAUUUUGCUGACUUUUCAUUAAAAUAUGGUUUUAAAUAAGCUUUUCUUCCCUUGGAAGUUAUAUUUCUGUCAGCAUCUUUGCUGGUACAGGAUUCUUCUGUACUGUAGGUUCCAGUCCAGGGUCCUUUCAGUACCAUGUCUCUCUCUGUUAUAAUGCCUCUGGAGAAAGGCUGGAGCCGCCUUGCAUUCCUGCUCUGUGAGAACCAAGCACACUUUCCUGCUUGCUGCCUGUAAAUAUAUGACACGCUGGUUCUACUAUAUGUUGGUAUAACAGACUGCAUACUGGAAACUGUUUAAGCCCCUGUGUUUUAUUUCAUUUGUAAUUUUUCAAUGAGUAAUUUAAUCUAAAUGGACAUGAAUCCAUAAUAUUGUUAAACGAAGACUUAUCUUAGACAUGUCCUUUUAUUGGUAAGUCACUGUCAUUACGACAUUUUCUGACAUUUUACGACUGAGAAAUUCAAAGGUAGUUUAAAGUCAAGGAUUUCUAUUGGUUUAAAGCUCUUCUCCUACAGCCAAUCAUAACCCUCUAAAUAAAGGUUGACGGAAGUUCAACAAACCAUCAGAGAAGCUAGUUGCCGUUAGCUUACAGAAAUACGAUGGUGUCCUUACGGCAGGUGUUGGUAUGUAGACUGUGUUAAAACGGUUACGGGGACCAGGAGGAGGCCGGCUAACAUAAUGCUUUCUGCUCUGGUCUGUGGCGCUCUGGUGUUCCCUGGACUUUUCUGCAGCUCCAGAAAAGUCCUUAAAUCCACUUUCACACAGUGGAGCGACGCUGACGUGGUUUGUGUCAGUGAGAGGCUGGUUUCUGCCAUACAUGCUUCUCUGGCUACUGCAGCUGGAGUCACAGUCAUGACAUCCUGCAGGGACGUCAUGGCUGACAGUCACUGGCUGGUGAACGCAUUUGUAUUGUUUGGAGUGCCCUACAUGGUCUUUGACAUCUAUGCCAUGUAUCUGAGCCACUACCAUACUCAGAAGCUCAAAGGUCAUUCCAGCUCAUACAGCGGCCACUCUCUUCAGACAGUGAAGGCUUUUCUCAUCAAGGACUCCAUGUUGGUUCUUCAUCAUAUGGCCUUGCUUCUCAUUUUCAUGCCCAUCACUCUGCUGGGUCUCGACAACACCAGACUCCACAGGAUCAACGGCAUCAUUGUCUUGCUCAGCUUCUUCACAUGUCGGAUCCUGCUCUUCCCCUUCAUGUAUUGGAUGUAUGGCCGGCAAUUUGGGAUUCCUCUGCACAGAGUGGUCUUUCACCUGCCACUGCAAUGCAACGUGGGUAACCUAGUGCUCCUGGCUCCACAGAUCUACUGGUUUAUACUUCUGUUGAGGAAAGCCAACAGACUGUACCUGAGGCAGAGGAAGGGGCCGGCCCGCAGACUGAAGACUCCAUGAUUUUCAAAAAAAACCCAACACAAAACCCUCAGAUUAUUGCUACAGUUAAUGAAAAAAUAAGUUUAUUAUUUUCAUAAUAAACUUAAGUCAGAUUUAACAGGAGAGAGUUGUUUAACUGUGACUCUAUCACAUAGUCUGUCAGCAGUGCUGUUUUCCUUUUGUCUGUUCAGCUUUUAUAUGUUAGAGCCUCAACAAUGUUACCCAACUACACAGAAUCUGUUUGUAUAAAUUAAAGUCACUUUAAUGAAUAUAGGAUGAAAUAAUAACACACUGAUGAUGACUGAGUGCCCCUGGUGUACAGUACACACAUUUAGCUUACGUUUUCAUGCUGUCUACAAUGUUAAUGCAAAUAAGAAUAACUGCUCAACGUGUUGCAAAA